AGGUCCCGCCCCGUUCAAACCUGGGCCAUGAAGGUGCCGGCUGGGCAGAGGGUUGCGGCCCGGCUCACAGCUCCCGACUCAGACUUCAUCCCGGAGCGCAGGUUGACCAGCUCAGCUGCUGUCUGUUGGGGAAGGGGAAUCCCCCAUCAUCGGCUCACAGUGAGGAGCGAGAGCUGAUGCUGACCGGCCAGGGAUCGCCUACCCGCCCACGAUGAGCGGGACCCUGAACCGGACGACGCCGCCAUCGCCGGCGGCCACGGUCACCGCAACCACCGGCCUGCCCGUCUGCCGGGACGCGGACAGCCUGCACCGCCUGCAGCUGGCCUGGAACAGCGUGGUGCUGGCGGCCGCCCUGCCCCUCAACGCCAUGGCCCUGUGGGUGUUUGUGGGCCCACUGCGGCUGCGGACGGUGCCGUCCGUCUACAUGGCCAACCUGGCGGCCUGCGACCUGCUCUUCGCCCUGGCCCUGCCGCUGCGACUGCUGCACUCGGCGGCUGGCGGCCGCUGGCCUCUGGGCGAUGCGCCCUGCCGCCUGGCCGGCUGCCUCUUCCAGCUCAACAUGUACGGCAGCUGCCUCUUCCUGGCUGCCCUCAACGUCGACCGGUACCUGGCGCUGGUGCGGCCGCUGCGCUCCCGCCGCCUGCGCCGGCGCCCAGUGGCCUGGCGGGUGUGCGGCGCCGCCUGGGCGCUGAUGGCCGUUGGCUCGGUGCCUGUGGCCAUGGCCCACGGCACCAGCGGCUGCCGGGGGGCCAAUGCCAGCCGCCAGCUGCGCUGUUUCGAGGGCUUCUCCGAUGGCGACUGGCGGGUGGAGCUGCUGCCGCUGGUGGUGGCCGCCGAGCUGCUGGGCUUCGUGUUGCCGCUGGCUGCCGUGCUGUACUGCUCGGCACAGAUCCUGGGCACGCUAGGCCCCAUAGGUCCCGCAGGCCCCGCAAACCCCGAAGUCCGGGAGGAGGCGGAGGAAGGCCGGAGGAGGAGGAGGAGGAGGAGAAGGAAGACCGUCCUCCUGCUGCUGGUCAACGCCCUCAUCUUCGUGGCCUGCUUCGGCCCUUACAACGUGGCGCUGGCCGUCUACGCCCUGGCCCGCUCCGACCUGCUGGUGCUGGGCCAGAGCUCCGAGGAAGGGCUGCGCCAAGCCCUGCAGGUGGCCAUCCUCCUCUCGGCCUCCAACUGCUGCCUCGACCCGCUGGUCUACUACUACAGCACCGAGGGGUUCCGCCACACCUUCUGGGGGUGGAGGAGGAGGGGAGGGGGGAGGAGGGGGACGGAGAUGGGGACCGGUAGGGGGACGACGCUGGCCAGCCGCUCCUACUUUCGGGCCCCGACCCAGGCGCAGGGAGAGAGCAUGGUGUGACGGUUACCCCCCCAACACUUUCCUGUCCAAUCUCAGUGGCUCCCAACCCUUCUCAUUCAAUUUCAAUGAUUCCCAUCCAAUCUCAGUGGCUCCCAACCUUCCUCGUCCAAUCCCAAUGCUUCCCAGCCAAUCCCAGUGGUUCUCUAAUCCUUCUCAUUCAAUCCCAGUGGAUCCCAAUGUUUCCCAGCCAAACCCAGUGGAUCUCCAACCCUUCUCAUUCAAUCCCAGUGCAUCGCAAUACUUCCCAAAAAUCCCAAUGGAUCCCCAACACUUCCCAUCCAAUCCCAAAAUUCCAGACACUCCCCAUCCAAUCCCAAUGGAUCCCCAGCGCUUCCCAUCCAAUACUAAUGGAUCGCAAACCCAUUCGCUCCCACCAUGCACACUCCCAGUGAGACCCCACCCCUUCCCACUCACUCCCACCAUCCGCACUCCCAGUGGGUCCCCACCCCUUCCCAUUCACUCCCACCAUCCGCACUCCCAGUGGGUCCCCACCCCUUCCCAUUCACUCCCACCAUCCGCACUCCCAGUGGGACCCCACCCCUUCCCAUUUACUCCCACCAUCCCAGCAGACACUUGGAGUCACUUGGAGACUGAAGCUGUUAGACUUAAAAGGACUUUAUUGAUUUGGACAAGCACGGAUUCACCUUGAGAGCUUCUCAGUCAAAUCUUCCUGGUUGCAAAGUGCAUGACAAUUUUAUACUCUUAAGAACAAAGAUAAAAACAAGGUGAUUCCUUGCAAAUACAAAUAUCUACAACAACAUUGAUUACUUUGAUACUUUGAGUCUGACAAGUGGUUCUAUUUAGUUUAGUGGGUACGGACUGUAAGGAGAGGUUGGAUAAACUUUGUUUGUUUUCUCUGGAGCGGCAGAGGCUGAUGAAAGACCUGACUGAAGUUGAUACAAUUACGAGAGACAUAGAUAAAGUAGACAGUCAGAAUCUUUCUCCCUCAGGAUAGAAAAGAACUAGUCAAAAUCUGGGCAAGUGUGAGGUGUUGCACUUUGGGAGGUCAAAUGUAAGGGGAGAGUACACAGUUAAUGACAGGAGCAUUGAUGUACUGAGGAAUCUUGGGGUCUAAGUCCAUAGCUCUCUGAAAGUGGCCACACAAGUAGACAAGGCAGCAAAGAAGGCGUACAGCAUGCUUGCCUUCAUUAGUUGGGGCAUAGAGUAUAAGAGUCAGGAAGUUAUGUUGCAGUUGUAUAAAGCUGUGGUCAGGCCACACUUGGAGUAUUGUCUGCAUUUCUGGUCACCCCAUUGCAGGAACGGUGUGGAGGUUAUGGAGAGGGUGAAGAAGAGGUUGUUGCUUGGAAUGGAGGGUAUGAACUACAAGGAGAGGUUGGACAAGCUUGGGUUGCUUUCUCUGGAGCAUUGGAGGCUAAGGGGAGACCUGGUAGAAGUUUACAGAUUUAUGUAGAUCUCCUCUGCACUCUUUCCAGCUUAAUGGCAUCUUUCCUAUACCAGGGUGACCAGAACUGAACCAUACUCCAAGUGCGGCCUCUUGGGCAGGCAUGGUAGUGUAGUGGUUAGCGUAACGCUUUACAGUGCCAGUGACCCGGGUUUAAUUCCAGCCGCUACCUGUAAGGAGUUUGUACAUUCUCCCCGUGUCUGCAUGGGUUUCCUCCGGGUGCUCCAGUUUCGUCCCACAUUCCAAAAGACAUACAGGUUAAGAAGUUGUGAGCAUGCUAUGUUGGCACCGGAGGCGUGGUGACACUUGUGGGCUGUCCUCAGAACACUCGAUGCAGAAGAUGCAUUUCACUGUGUGUUUCAAUGUACAUGUGACUAAUAAAGACACCUUAUCUUGUACAACUACAACAUAACUUCUGAACUCUUAUACUCAAUGCCCUGACUGAUGAAGGCAAGUGUGCAGAACGACGUGCAGAGAGGUUCACCAGGAUGCUGCCUGGAUUAGAGGGCCUGUGCUAUAAGGAGAG